AUGACGCAUCCUGGCAGAACACAGACAUCAUUCAGGCCCCAGCCUUAUCCUCUAGACGACCUUGCCCUGCAGGCCUGUCUCAGAUGCCGAUCGUCGAAGCGGAAAUGCGAUAGACUACUGCCGCACUGCUCCCGCUGCACUAGACUGCGUGCAGAAUGUCUCUACUCUACCAAGUCUGGCACGCCAGAUACAACGGCGAACGGUGCUCUCGCCACCGAGCUUCAGGCUACCGUACCAUUUGACCAAAUCACGGCCUCGCAGGUGCUCUCUCUUAUUGCAGCAGAUGCGAGGCGUGAGGGUGACUUCGGCUGGGCAGACGCCGUGCGAAGUUACUUCGAGCAUGUCCAUUCCUGGUUUGCCGUUGUCCACUGCAGCCUUUUCGAGGAGAAGCUAGCCGUUCUGGGCGACAGGCCAGCUUCGCCUGCAACACCAAUGUCUAUAUCUUCCGUGGUAACUUCCGAGAAGCCCUUGUCCAUAUUUCAGACUUUGGACAACCUGGGCUCGGUUCCAGACCCCGACAUAAGCAAGGAGUUUGCACUGCUGAUCCUGACGAUGUACAUGACCACACGUCCUCGCCUAAUGAAAUCCGGGGAACGGACCUUGUUUGAUGACCUUUAUUGGCUUGUGAAGCGUGCCCUCGCCUCGUCUUUUUCCAGCGAGCCCAAGUUGGAGCUGGUUCAGUCGGGAGCUUUGCUUGCCUUUUACGAAUAUGGCCAUGGGGAGCCGAUAGAUGCCUACGGGACGUUAAGCAAGUCGGUGACUGCAGCAAGUCGAUUAGAUGUCAAACCCACUCGCCUCGAUGAAGGGGCAGACCCGAGCACUAUGGAAGAGGAAGAGAGAAGUGGCUUGUGGUGGGCACUGUUCAUUCUCGACCAGUUUCUCCAUAUAGACGAUGUAGUCAAAAACUUGCCUUUCAUCGUCAAGAGCCCAGAGAUGGACACAUUACUUCCCGGGCCCAUCAUGUGUCCGCCAUUAUUAGAUCACAAGUGCAAACCGCGAUCAGAGCUUCCAGGACCGCUGCCGAUCAGUGCUCUGCUUGAUACGCAGAAGAUGGAAUCAUUCCAGAUGUCGGCCAAGGUCGCAACUUUACUCCAUCGCGCCCUCCAACACGAACACAAACUCAGGGCUAGUCCAGGCUUUCUGCCUCCUAUCGACUCCUUUUCGAGCCUUGACGCAGAGAUCCGCGAGGCAACUAUGAUUUUGCUUCGUAAUGACGUCAACAACUGGCAAGUUACGCUGGACUGCUUCUCUAUGGCUAUCUCAGCGCUUUUCAGCAUAUAUCUUCCUUACCUACCCAUGCUAGAAGCCAAAACUGCAGCAGAGAUCAAGUCAGACCCCAGUCUCACAACUGCUAUGACAGCAUUGGGGUUCGCGUCUCAGCUCGCGGUAGAUAUUAGCUGCAAAGUCAGCAAUAGCCUCGACGCCGACGAUAAAACAGCGGAACUUGACUACCUGGUGGCGCCCGCCGUUCCAACAUGCUAUCUUGCUGUGAAAACAUGUACAAGCUUGCGCCAAAUCUUUCCGGAUGAGUGGGAGAGGUUUGAGAAGGCCAUUGUGGAUCGCCUUGGAAGCCUUCGGUUCUUUAACAACCGCUGGGGCAUUGCAGACAGGGUAAUGCGCCAGAUACAAGAGCUUGAUGGUUUGGAUCCUUUCGAGCUUCUCAGUUAUAACUCGCCAUCGGCGCCUCGUUGA